ACAAAGUUGGAAAUGACGUACUCGUCGGUGCAAAGAAAAAACACUUUUUCAACCAUUUCAGCUUUUGACGAGAAGUGAGGACGCCACAGCUGACUGGUUAACAGUCAAUCCGUACCGUACAUAAUUGUAAACACGACACUGUUAACGGUUUCAGAGAUCAUCCCCUCCUUCUUUAACCCACCCAUGAAACGAUCCCCGUAAAUACGAACGAAUCUCUCCGAAUUUCAGACCACCAGAAUACCACUGCUGCCAGCCACAGACACGACGACGUUCAUCCGACCUCCCCAACAGUGGUACCAAAGACUCCCGCCACCCACGCAAAUACAAAUAUCCACCGCCUCAUCGGCAAUGUGCACGUCGGUGCAGCCAUUGCGCCCAACGACAAUCACGCGUCAUCCCCUACAGGUGCAAGAGAGGUUCCUGCAGUCGAGCCCGAUACCGAUACCGGUUUAUCAGCACCCGGUUGAAAUGUACCACGAGACAGGCCAGAAAAGGAAGAACCAAGGCGCCGACUUCAAGAAUCUGAUACUGUUGACGAGGAACGCCAUGAAGGCGCAUCGGGGCCAAUCGAAAGUCCCACAGCAGAAGAAUUACGUUCUGGAAACGAGAAAUCGAAACGCCAAGUCGGAAUCCGAGGUGCUUCAAUGGCUGGACAAGAGUUGCCCGUCGAAGCCCAACGAGGCCGCGGUCGACACCUUGGCCACGGAGUUGAGGAACGUCGAGCGGAGAUGCGACAGAAAAACGUCCGGUUCCGCGAAGGAAAAGGACAAUUCGAAGAACGUGGAACGUCCCAAGACGGAAGCUGGGACCUCCGUUCAAGGAUCCUACCCGAAAUCGGCUAGCGAGAGGGACAAGAACGAAGGUCGCAGCAAAAAGAGACUCUACAGGGACGUUCUAGCGAACAGCGCUGAGAACCAAGCUAUGAUGGAGAACGUAUUCGAGAAAAGGUACGACGAAUUGGAACAACAGGCGAUAGAGCAGUACAGAACUUCGGAGGAAUCUCUGGCGCUUAAAUACCAAGAGCUCGAACGUCAGGCGAUGGAACAAUACGGAUGUUGCGGAAACGCGACGGAGGAAGGGUCGACGUCGCAGACGUCGGCUGAUCAGGAAGAAAUCAGCGACACCUCCGCGAAAACUAUCAAAGACACCAACUGUUCGGACGGGCGAAAGUGUUCAGGUUUUGGACGCUGCAGUCCCGUGAAUUCGAACGAGAAAGAUACUUUUCCGCGAGAUAAGUUCGCGCAGACCGAAAAUAAAAGCGAAACGGACGCGAUAGAUAAUCGACCGAGCGUCCUUUCGACUACGGCCUCCCAAAAAGUGUAUCACGAAUCGAAAAACACGUCUAAGGGUGCAUCAGGUGAUAAAAUCGACGAGAAUGUCCGAGGAUCGUCGAAAAGGCCUCUGAUACUGGUGUCACCCUACGAGAAACGAUCAGAGGCCAGAUUAACGAGAACAACGGACCUAGAGGAAUUUUAUUGUAUCGCGCAGACGAAUAAAAAUAUCUUCGAUUAUUAUAACGAUACGAAAAUCGGCAAGUUGGGUGGCGGCGACGAGAACAUAACUAUCAUUCAGUCGCCCAGAACGGAAGUUUGGCUCUCCGGAUUUUGGACUACUUAAGGACUCGAGGAAAGAGUGUAAACCUUGGAACAAGCAAUGAAAGUGUAACGCAUCGAAGAAAACAACUACGGUACAUGGAUUCAUGUAUUUUAUUA